UGGUUUCAUAACAACGGCUCCGUCCGGUGUGUCAAUGUGAAGAAUAUUGAUUACCAACGCAAACGCGUUAGAAAUAACAAUAGUUAUUGUUAUAUUUUACGUUGCUAUGUUAUGUAAUUGCUUCAAUUACAGGAUAUUGAUCAGUCAUGACAACUAAGCAAAUUCCAUCCGCCAAUGAAGACCACAAGAUGCGGUUGAAAGCUCUAAAACAGCUAGAUCCGAUGCAGGCACUGAGUGCAGAUCUAAGGUUGCCAGAGCCCACUCCAGAAAACGUUGGCAUUUCUGAAGGCCUUAAGAGAAGCCACCAAAACAAUGAGGUCCUUGAGAAGUUUGCCCAAAAUAUGACCGAGAACAUAAUCCAGUCGUUUAUAAGCCAAAUGGCAAUGGCGGAACCUGAGGCGGGCUGUGGGGUGUCCGGAUUUAAUCAAAGCCAGGAGAUGUUAGCUGAAGAGUUAGCCUCAGCAGUGAUUGAGGUUGCUCUGAGGGAGGUGUGUAGAGGUCAAAACGUGGAGGAUCACCUAGAGGGUUUCCAGAGUUCAAGAUCAGCUGGGGUAAAGAUGGAUGGUGAACAGUCUUUUAUGGAUGAAUCUGAGAGCGAAAAACACUUUUGGGGCAUGAACACAGAGAUGGAUCCAGGCAAAGAAAUCCAGACUUCCAAAGACACCCAGCCCUGCUACCCACCUCUGUCCCAGUCAGGGCUCCCCGUCGUGGGAUCCCUCGACUACCCGGACGCCCCUCCAACCACGCCUCUCCUCCCUGAGCUUGAGAGGAGCAGACACAGUUUCGCCAGGAAGCUAAAAGGAGGCUUGGCGAAGGUUUUCCUGCCUUCACCUCCUCCGCCAACCCCAAAGGACGAAGCGGACGACUCAGAAAGUGCCGUCAACGACCCCCGGGUGAAGUUAAUGGAGCAUCUGAUGCACUCACUGCCCACAGAUGAUUUGGCAAGUGACUAUUUUGAAGUAGGACCUCACCAUGGUGCAAAGAUGGAGGCUUUUGCGGAGGCUCUUUCAUGUGACAUCCUUGACUGGGUCUUGCGCGCCAAAAACAGAGAGCAGGUAGCCGACAAUAGCGAUCUUCAUCUACUAGCCCAGCAACUGGCUGAAACCAUCAUCACCUCCUCCCUUGAUGAAGCUAAAAUGGUUGUCUAGUGUUUUAAUGUGAUUAAUGGGAUCAUAUUUGUAAUGACUAGUAAACACACACACACACACACACAAAAGAGCAAAAAUAUUGAUAUCCACUGACACGUUACCUCCAGGCUGACUGCCACUGCCUGACAUUUUCAAUGAAGUGUGUUUUACUGCAAUAAUGUUGUUCUAGAAUCUGAAGUAGAUUUUUUGGGACAAAUGUAUUUCUCAGUAAAGUUCACUCAAAGCUCAUCCAGAUGAAGUGUUUAAUUGUGAAAUAUUACCUGUUUAUUGCAGAAACUAACCAGAGAUCCAACAAAAAGAUGGUUGACUCAUAGUAACGAGCUGUGGCACGUUUGUCCUGGAAGCAUUUUAGAUGCUGGAUGAUGAACCUGAGGCAAUGGUUUUAGUCCAAGAUGAAUAAAAAGCACACUAGCAGGAAAACUCUUAAUAGUUUUUAAUGCAAUUUUAACUUGGAUCCAACUGCAGUAAUCAUAAAUGUCCUUUAGAUGGCAACACAGGAGCAAUGUAUCUGAGUAUUUUCAGCUUGAGGUCAGUGAGGUUAACCUGACAACAAUUGAUUUUUAAAAAGUUUUGUUGUUUUAUAUAUAUAUAUAUAUAUAUAUAUAUAUAUAUAUAUAUAUAUAUAUAUAUAUAUGUAUAUAUGUCAGAUUGUUGAAGCUUUAUUUGUCUAUGUGCAUUGUCAAUAACUUGUUUGUCUUGAUUUUGCUUUACUGCUCAGGUCUUCUACAAUACAAUACCAGAAUAAAGACUUUAUUUUUGAAUAUGAA